ACACCACCACGUGGUCAGUGCCUUUCCUAGUGAUCGCUAAGGUACGUAGCUGCAAUCACUUGACCAUUCCUAUCCAGCAUGGCAGCAGCUCCGAUGAUGGGCGGCCAGCCAACAAAUCAAGGAUACGGUGCAACAAGCGCGGUCGACACGCCCACCUUCCAAGGCGACAUUCCAGGAGAAGAUGUGGCAGAAAACCCGAACGCACAGCCAUCGCAACCCACCGCGCCGUCUCUCGACCAGUUGCAAGCAGUUUCAGGCUACGAGGCUGUCAGUUUCAACGAAGGAUCCGCCAUCCCCCCACCCUCCUAUGCAGAGGCUGUAACACCACAAGCGGCACCAACUAUGAACACCGCCGUUCCACGGGUCACUGAAGAGCAAGCAAGAGCCGCUCUGCUUGAUCACGUGAGCCAGAACUGUUGCUAUGGUAAAAGUGCAGCUCAAGACCUCGUCUUCACGAGCAUCGAACCAUCCAGUGCAUUCCACUACACACUGGAAACAUUUGGUGAAAGCAGAAGUACAUCGUGGGCAAUGGAACCUUAUAUGGGCCAGCCUAUCGAUACGGCAAUGACUGGUCCUGCACCUGGACCGUGGGACAUCUCUGCUGAACCGAGAACUUUGUUCAAUAGUGAAAGUCGUCACGUUGAAGUGCCUCACACAGCAUCCAUCAAGCCAUGUCACAACUGCUUUGCCAGAGGUCACAUCCGCUGUCACCAUUGCCAUGGGAGAGGACGGGUGCGAUGUAACAGUUGCCAUGGAUCUGGUCACAAGAGGGUGCACCGAGACGGACAACAGCACCAAGAGCAUUGCAACUGGUGUCACGGACAUGGCCGAAAGAGGUGUUUUGUCUGUCAUGGACAUGGGCAAAUUGGUUGUCCCGUUUGCAGCCGUCAGGGUAACGUGAAGUGGUACAUACGUCUCACAAUCAAAUGGGAAAACCACAAGUCAGAUCAUGUCGUUGAGAGAACUUCCCUCCCUGGUCACCUCAUUGCAGGAGCGCAAGGUCAACUUGCAUUCCGAGACGAGCAGUUCAGGGUUGCUCCAGUCAACAACUUUCCAGAACCAGCAGUUAACCAAGCGUCUCAACAAUUAGUUGGACAACACACCGGAAACUACUUCAACUCGGAAAGAGUUCUCAAACAGCGUCACCAAGUCCGUAUCGUCCCUGUGGCAACUGCCCAUUACCAAUGGAAGAACAGUCUCUCUCAAUUCUGGGUGUUUGGAUUCGAAAACCGUGUCUACGCUCCCGACUACCCACAGAAAUGCUGCUGUGGCUGCACAAUCCUCUAACAAGGAAAGCCACUCAAACAAACUCCUUGCCUAAAGGGACAUCAUGAUGCUUGCUGUUUGCAUACAAACCACUUGCUGUUUAGUUAUUUUCCUACAUGUGUGCUACAGUAAUGUCUACAGUGACGUACUGAAAUCGAAGAGAAGUGGAAAGUCUUUCCACAGUUGCA